AUGUCUUCCUCACUCCCUAGUCCGAAUUCCUCCCACUUCCUCAAACUUAUAGAAACCAACUACCUCAUAUGGAUAUGGCAAAUAAAACUCUUUCUUAUUGGUCAUGGCACAUGGCACUUCGUUGAUGGCUCUUUCCCUCAAACAUCACAAUUUCACCCUCCUUCAUCUGAAAACAAUGAUACUACUACACCUAACCCUGACCAUACUCUUUGGUUUCAACAUGAUCAACUUGAGGUGAGCUACAUCACUAGCAUUCUUUUCGAAUCUAUGCUCACUUACAGUGUGUUGUGA